CAUCUCCAACACUAAAUAAUGCUUUGACAUUUUGACAAGUUAGUAAUGACAAGUUUAACCAAAAUAAAAUAAAUAAUAAUUUAAGCUAUCGCUGCAUAUUGUAGGAGAUGAAAAGAUGAUAAAUUAAAACAAAAACGAUGGAAGCAGACUCUACAACAUACGACAGCAAUUCAAAAACUGAAGUUACCGAGCCUGCGUUACCAUUUAACACUUGCCCGGGAAAUUUGCAGCUGUAUAAUGAACUGAUAUCGAAUAAUGGUGAGCAGAGGUUGGAGUGUCAGUUGGUAGAACGUCUGCAGGGUUUGGGAUUAAUGCCUACGGUUGUGAGGUGCCCCACUGACAAACCUGACUGCAAUGUUAUUUGUAAAACUGCCAGAGUUAUUGACCGGGUCCAAUGGGUCUGUGAAGGCUGUUCCAAAAGGCAACCUAUAAGAGUUGGCUCAUUCUUCUAUCGUCUGCAGUGCUCCAUACUUCAAACACUGCAACUAAUCUUGGCGUGGUGUGAGGAUGCUGACCUUGAAGUUGCUGCUGCACAUUUUGGUGUAAAACCCAAAGUGGCAACACAGAUCUUUGACAAACUGGAUGGGGUAGCUAUUAAGGAGCAGGGCAGGCGCAGACUGGGCGGAGAAAACAGCGUGGUACUAGCAGAGAUGUAUCCAGACUGUGUUAACAGACUGUCUCCAGAUACUACGGACCAACCGCAUGUACACAGGAUAUUAAUGCUCGCUGAUACUAACCACAUUCCCACAUCCUACUGGCUGCAUGUAAUAAGAGAUGACAAUAAAAAGAUGCCAAAUGGUGAUCCUGAUACUCAGGCGCUAACAUCCGAGGUAGAGUCAGUACUGCAGCGGGCCGUGACUCCCGGCUCGCUGGUGGUGACGGGCAACACGCUGCCCGCCGUGGAGGCCGCCGCCAACAUACAGCAGCUGCUCAUACACUGCGAUGUGGACAUGCAGCACUUCUUGAGUACCCGCAUGUGGCGCCAAGCUCUAUCACUAUGCGUAGCGGCUCGGUCCGUAUGUACGGGCAGCAGUACGGGCGCGGGCGGGCAGGCGGGUGGGCAGGCGGGCGGCCAGGCCGGGCAGGCGGGCUGCGCGGCCGCCGUACAGAGGUACCUCACCACCGCGCUACACAGACGGAGGCACGACGACGGAUUCUUUAGUCAGACGCUCACCUACAUCGCUGCUGAAUACACCAACACUAUUGAAACAUAGCCAUUUUCGUAUGAAAAGAGGCUAAGUAAAACGUUUGUAUGUUGAAAUAAGUGAAGAUUGAAGUUUAGUUGCUGCUUGAAAUGAGCCUUGAUUGAAAGUAUUCAGAUUGUUUCAAACAGCUCAGUUAGCGCCGAUUGUUGAUAUUAUCUAAUUGAAGGCUUUUUUAUGUAUUAGGUGUGAUAAAUGAAACCUAUUGUCAUCCAUUCUGGAAAGCUAUAAAUGCUAUAAUUUUUAAAGAUAUUGUAUAAUUAAGCCGAGUUGCGUCAGAUUUGUUGAACCAACUUAUUUGAAAGUACUAUAAAGGACUGACUAGUGAUAAAAUUAAAAGUUAAAAUUGCUGAUAUUAACCUUGUUAUGAUAUUCUGUUGUAAGUUUUAAUUCAAAUUAUUGUUCGGUAUUCCGAGUACGGUUAUUCAUUGGUAUUCUUUUUUUAAAUGCUUGUAAAAUUAAUUGUUUGCUAUUUUUUUGACAUGAUUCAAUGUCUUUUGAGUUAUUAAAAAUAAUUGUUAUAUUAUGAAUAAAAAUGCACAUUUUAUCAAUGCAACAAAGAUGUUUUAAAGUAAUCAAUGAAUAUAGCUAGUAAAUAAAAAUAUGUUAAAUUUCUGUUAAAUACUACAAUUCAAAUUGUUCUCAUUUUAAGAUAUUGUUAUACACAUAAGUGGAAUAAUUUUAGUCAUUAAGUGCCUGAACAUUGUAAUGUCUUCCUAUGUGCCUUAGGGGAGAAAGUCUUUACUAACUACCAUAGCUAAAGUUAAGUAACUGAUUCGAUUUGUUGAUAUUUUUGUCUUAGGACAUACUCAUGAAAUAGUUCUCAAAAUUGAUGUAGAUUAAAUAAACGUGUUGUGGAAUAAAGUUGAUAUUAAUAUCCUUGUGAUAUCGUUAUUUGACAGUUUGUUUCUGAAAGUUGGCAAUGUAAUUCUAUUUUUUUAUUAAUUUUAAACUUUGUGCCACAAAGAGGUCUUCCUAAAAUAUUUUGUGGUUUUCAU